AUGCCGGAAGGGAUGGAAAUGAAAACCGAGAGCGCUGUGCGAUCAGUGCCAGCAGGCAGUGGGAAUCAUGCCUAUGAGACCGCUACAGUGCGCCAGAAACAACAACUCGAGAGAUAUCUCAACUUCUUUUCGUCGGUUGCAUUUUCCGCAUGCCUGCUUGCCACAUGGGAAUCUGCCGGUGGGAGUUUGCUCUCGGGACUGUACAACGGCGGCCCUGCAGCGAUUGUUUAUGGAAUUAUUUUGAGCAUCGUGGGUAAUCUGGCCAUCGCAUGCUCUCUAGCCGAGCUCGCCUCUAUACACCCAACUGCAGGUGCUCAAUAUCACUGGAGCUAUUUCCUCGCGCCUCGUGGUCGCCGAUUCAUCAGCUUCUUCCAGGGUUGGGUUUCGGUCUUUAGUUGGGCGGCAUUGGUCUGUAUUUCGCCGUACUUCAUCGGAACUCAAAUCCAGGGUAUGGUUGUGCUGACGCAUCCUGAAUAUGAGCUUGUAAGAUGGCGUGGUACGCUGCUCAUGUGGGCAGUUGCAAUCAUCCCAAUAAUCAUCAAUGUAUUUGCGCGUCGCCUUCUGGGAGCCAUUGAGGUUGCUGCGGGUAUCAUGCAUGUCGUUUUCCUACCUGUCACCAUCGCAGUCUUCGUUAUCCUCGCCCCUCGAAACCCCAAUGCGUUUGUCUGGGACACCUUUGUUGGCGGCUUGAGUGGCUGGAAGGAUUCCGGGGUUGUAUUCUCCGUCGGUCUUCUUGGUGUUAUCACUCCCCUGACUGGUGUCGACGGCAUAAUCCACAUGGCUGAAGAAGUCAAAAACGCCAAAGUCGUUGUCCCUCGCUCCAUGAUAUACGGCACUAUGAUCAACGGGGUGCUUGCAUUCUCCUACCUGAUCGCCAUCCUCUACUGCAUGGGCGACUACGCCGAAGCAGUCACCAGCCCAACGGGCUACCCAAUCAUUACAAUUGCCUACCAAGCAACCGGAUCCAAGGCAGCCGCCUGUGUCCUCAUGGCACUGGGCAUGCUACCCGGCUGGAUUGCCCUCUUCAACGGCCUCGCCUCCGUCACGCGUCUCACCUGGGCUUUUGCUCGAGACAACGGACUCCCCUUCUCCGACUUCUUUGCCGUCGUUGACCCGACCUACAAGAUCCCACUCCGUGCUUUAUUCCUAGUUGCAUCAUGCAUAUUUGCGCUCUCUUUUAUCCAGAUCGGGUCUACGGCUGCAUUCAACGCCAUUCUCUCGCUCAGCACGCUCGGUCUGUACAUUUCCUAUCUUAUCCCUCUCGUCCUCCUUGUCUUAAAGCGCUUCAUGGCGCCCAAGGAGAUCCCGCAGGGAGCAUUUACUCUAGGGAAAUUCGGCCUCCCCAUGAAUCUUCUUGCCAUUCUUUUCGCCACCUAUUUCGUUAUCUUCCUUCCAUUCCCGGCGACGCUGCCGGUUACCGCUGAGAAUAUGAACUACGCCGGGCCUGUGCUUGGCUUUAUUAUGCUAUUUGCCUGUGGGGAUUGGAUUGUUCGCGGACGGCAUAAGUGGCAAGGCCCAACAGUGAGGUCUUAUGAGAGGAACGAGUGA